AUGGCGGCAAUAGGCGAAGAAAUUGGAAAGCCUCAUAGCCAAAGGAUUCUUUCACUGUCAAGUAAUGAAGAAGAAGAGACGAACACCGCCACAGUAGCACAGACAAUAGCUGAUGAAGCAAGUAGUAAUGCACAAGGGCUCAAUAACAACGACAGCAGCCGUCAGCCAUCAUUGACAAUACAACGUCGAACUUCACAUGUCUCUACUCGAAGUCAAAAAUUACCAAGGAGAUCCACAGCAUCAGCAAAUGCAACCCUCAACUGCGAUUCAAGCAUGGACAGACAGGCUUUAUGGUCGUUGUGA